CCGGCCUGAGGAGCAGCGAACACCCCGAGAACCUGCACCUUCCCCUGUGCCCUCUCACCUGUGUGAUGUCUCUGAGCUCUGCCGACCUGCUGGACCUCCUGAAUCAGUGGGAGGAGCUUAAGGAUCUGAACCUGAGCGACCCCAACGUGACCCGGGUCGAUGCCACGGUGUGUUCAGGGACCGUGGGACACGCCAGCCUCCUUUACGUCCUCAGCAUCUUCUACCUGUUCAUCUUCCUCGUUGGUAUCGCCUCCAACGCCCUGGUGGUGUGGGUCAACCUGCGCUCGAACAGGAAGUGCUCAGACGUGUUCGUCCUCCAGCUGGCGGCGGCCGACCUGGUUGCCGUGGCGACGCUACCUGUGCAGGUGGGCUCGAUGCUGAUUGGUCGCUGGCCGUUCGGCGCGGUGCUGUGUAAACUGACUCACCUGGUGUUCAGCGUGAACCUGUUCUCCAGCAUCCUGUUCCUCACCUGUAUGAGCGUGGAGCGCUACCUGUCCGUCACGCUGCGCCCUGGAGGCCGCAGGGAGCUAACGCCACUCCGCAGGAUGCCAACGCGACGACUCGUCUGCGCCGCCGUAUGGAUGCUAGCGUUAGCCGCCGCGGCGCCAGAGACCUACUUCCUGCAGACGGUGGUCUCUCCUCAUCACUCCGGCUCCGUGUGUCGCCCGGUCUUCUCGUCUCGUGAGAUGAUGGUCUUCGUUCAGAUGAUCUUCUCCAUCCUGGGCUUCCUGCUCCCGCUCCCCAUCAUCAUCGCCUCCUACCUGGCGCUGCCCCCCGACCCCGACCGGGGGGUGAGCCGCCGUGUUGUGCUAAGCUACAUCGUGGUGUUCGUGUUGUGCUGGUUACCUCUCCACGUGGUUCUGGUCCUGGACCUGGUGGCCCUGCUGCUGCCCUUCAGCUGCAGUCUGGAGGGCUUCCUGUGGGUGGCGCUGCAGGUGACCCAGUGUGUGUCCAUGAUGCACUGCGUCCUGAACCCCGUGCUCUACAGCUUCCUGCACCGCAGCUACCGCUACGACCUCAUGAAGGCCUUCAUCUUCAGGUACUCCAGCCGCUCAGGGGUCGCUCGCCUCAUCGACAACGAGAACACAGAGAACACCUCGGAGACCUUUGAGACCCUUGAGACCCUUGAGACUGAGAGCUCUUUGGCAGAGAUCAGAGACUGGAUAUAAAGCAUCAGGAACUCUUCCAGGACUUCUAAUGUGAACUUUUAUCAAAACUUGAUAUAUUUCUUAGGACUUUAAAAGACAUUCCUGUCUUAGAUGUUUUCCAAGAUAGAAACCUUUCCUUUGACUCUUCAUCCGGUCUCUGAAGAACUUCUCAAGACUUGCAAACGAACCUCCAGAUUUACAAACACUCUGCCAGCUUCUCAAGUCUCAGAAAAAGUUCUCGAGUGUCGGACCGUCCAAACUAUCCUCCAGAUUUAGGAACUCUUCCAGAACUUCUACAGUACCUCUAAUGUGAACUUUUAUCAAGAUUUGAGAUAUUUCUUAGGACUCAAGACGUGAGAGAACUUUCUAAAGACUUGCAGAUGUCUGAAAGCUUCUAAAGUUCUCGAGAUCAGACCGUCUGAACUGUCCUCCAGAUUUGGGAACUCUUCAAGACUCUGAAACCUUCGCAGGACUUGGGAAAACUCCUUAAAGACUUCAGGACUGCUUUGUACAGUUCUUAGUUCUCAGGAGUUCAUCCUCUGUCUGUGGAACGUUUCUCAAGACGUGAGAACACUUUCUAAAGACUUGCAGAUGUUUUGUAUAAUCCCUUCCUUUGACUCUUCAUCUGGUCUCUGAAGGACUCCUCUAGACUUGUUGUUCCUGUAAACUGAGCUCAAGAUUCAGGAACUCUUUGUUUGACUCAAGAUUUACAAACCCCCUUUGAAAGCUUCUCAAGUCUCGCAAAGUGUUUGUGUCUCAACGAUCCUCCAGAUUUAGGAACUCUUGGUCUGACUCUGAAACCUCCUCAGGACUUCAGGACUCUUCGUAGGACUCGGGAACCUUCUGAGGACUCGGGACUCUUUGUAGGACUCUGAAACCU